AUGGCUUCAGAAAUACUUGCUCCGGGUGCUGCUGAUAUCAUUCAAGAUGAGAUUGAUGAAUUAGAGAAGCGUCUCCAGGACGCAAAGGCACGCCUUCACAAAGCCCAGCCAUCGCCACCCCUGACUCUGAAUCCUCACCUUGCCGCAACGACUCAUUUUUUGCUACUCCUUUCAGACUCGGCCCUUCCGUUGGGUUCAUUCGCUUUCAGCAGCGGUCUCGAGUCUUAUCUCGCUCAUGAACCGCGUGCCUCGGCUUCUUUCGCCUCCUUUCUACCCUCAUCGCUCUCCUCCUUCGCCGCUACAACACUCCCAUUUGUCCUCGCUGCGCAUCGCGAACCAACAUCUCUUCCCCAACUAGAUGACCAGCUAGAUGCUGCUAUUAUUUGCACCGUAGGUCGUCGUGCCAGUGUCGCACAAGGCCGUGCAUUGUUGGGGAUAUGGGAGCGAUCGUUUCGCGCGAGCUGUCCCGACGUUGACGGGCGUGCGCUGCGAGAAUUUGCGGCAGUGCUGAGACAGGAAAGCCAGAAAGAGGUACCGCUUGUCUCUGCGCACUUGGCGCCGCUAUUUGGAGCGAUAUGUGCUCUCGUUGGGCUGGAAUUGCGCCAGACAGCAUAUAUCUUUAUGCUGAGCCAUAUCAAGGCCUUGAUAUCUGCUGCAGUCAGAGCAAGUGUUUUUGGUCCGUAUCAGGCGCAGAAGGUGUUGGCUGGACAGCAGGUUCAAAGAAUGAUAAACGAUAUGAUUGACCGCGAGUGGACGACUCCUGUAGAAGAAGCUGGACAGACGGUGCCUGUUAUGGAUUUAUGGGUUGGACGACACGAGGCACUGUACUCUAGAAUAUUUAACAGCUAA